ACCCCAACUACCCCUCAGGUUUCGCCCAUCCAAGGCAGGGCGUCGGUCCUCGGGUUUGCUGGUUACUACACCCCUCAGUCGCCAAAACGGCGGCCGUACUGUCGUCCCGACGACGCCACCCGCCAAUCUCUCCUGGCCGUCAGUAACCGCAAUCAGUCCGUUGACGGACGUCGGAACGUUAACGCUGUGCGAAAAAAAAAAUCCAAACAGAAACUUAAAUUUAACAAUUCAUUACUAAUUAAACUCCAGUUGUUUUCAUUCUGGAAACAUUUAUCCAACUUUUAGUCACGUUUUUUUUUUUUCUAUCUAUUUCCGAUUCUAUUCUCUGUCUGUCUUUUUUCUUAUUUUAUCGUGUCACUUGCAACGUUCCUGUGACACAUUUCAAAUUCACUGGCUCAAUUACAAAUUUAAUUGAAAUCGAUCGCGACGGACGUGAGGAUAAUUUAAUACACUUUCUCGGGUGAUUGUUAUACAUCUGCGUAUUUAUGUGUGAUUUAUUGUACUUUAUUGUUGUUGGAAAAAUCCACAUACUCCGGAUGGCCACUUUAAUGGGCAUUUAUAGCAUAUGUAAUUUAUCGAUGCAACUAUUCCUGUAAAAUUAACGAAAAGGACAAACGUAACAAUGUCAAGUGGAGAAAAGCCCCCCCAAGGAUUAACAAUAGAUCGUGCAGCAUUUCUUCUUCUGCGAGUGAAAAGAGCGUUUAAGAAGAAAAAACAACAACGAAAGGAAAGAAGUACAACGAGUGGUGAAUGUAAAUCGGAUAUUAAGUCAUCAUCCCGCGCAACCAGUGGUACUAACGGUGGGGGUUGUUGCCGUCCAGCUCCACUAUUACGAUCCAGCACUCUACCGGCAAUAGUAACACCUGGUCUUAGUAUUCUACAGAAGCAAAUCGAUGCCCGAUACGCCGCUGCUUGUGGUACUGGUGCAUCCGGACCUGGCAGAGGAAGUUUUAAUGCCGCUGGAUUCAAUGAGCAAAUGGAGAGAAUUGAGUCGGGGAGUAAAAGCAACAAAUUGUUGACACCGAGAAUUUUCUUCACCGAUGAUACACUUGCUGGAGAGAGGAGAGUUUCGGAAAGUGUAAUAGAACCUCGUCAAAAGGCAUCGAGGAGUGCGGAGCAUCCUACCAGUCGAACUAGUGGAAGAUUGAGCAGCAGUAGUGUUUUGAGCACAUCCCAGCCACUGACAAGACUAGCAAGAUUGUUAAAUCAACGUCCAAGUUAUACGCCAAGUGAUGAUAUUACCCGUAGACUUUCAUGGGAAAGAAAGGGCGAUGACAGUGGAAAUCCCAUCGAGGAUUUUCCCUCCCCCCAUUUCACGGUACCAAGGAGCACUUCGAUCGACAGUUUGGCGUGCGCCAACUGGAAUUACUUAUCAACUGGCCCAAUGUCAAGUGCACUUGGUGGAAACGGAUUAUUAUGUGAUAUACGCAGAGACAGCGGAUAUGACUUCAUGUGCGAGCCAUUUUCACCGCAACCGUACAGAAAAAUGGCCAGUCCCUGUCCAAGUCCAACACCAAGCCAAACAACAACACCACUCCUCCGGGUACGUGGUGAACGCCACAGUAUCUCCACCAAUAUUGGAAGAAGAAUUAAGGGUCAACGGGCGGUUAUUGAAUUGCAAUCACUUCAAGGCAUGGAGUUCCUGGAAGGGUUUGGAAAGAAAAAUAGGAACCAGCAUCAUAAUCAGACAAAUCAUGUGACAACAGGAACGAUUAAUCCUCUCGUGGCUCAGCCCUCCCUCAACAUACAUUUGCAUGCUCUCUUUACAGCUAUCGAGCAGGAUCAAUUGGACAAAGUGAAAACGAUAUUGGAGUCGGCGGAUAUCGAUGUCAAUAGCGUCAACAGCGAUGGCCUAACACCACUGGACGUUGCUGUCCUGGACAACAAUAAAUCAUUAAUAAAAAUGUUAGUUGCAUACGGCGCAAAGGAGGGAAAUCAGUUCAAAUCUCCAGAGUGCCUUGGCAGUCACUUGGCAUCACUACUCCUGUCAGCCGAGCACAGACUCAACGAAGUAGGUGGUACUGGCAGUACACUGGGGACAAGUUCAACUUCAUUUCUGGAUGCUACUAGUGCUAGGGCGAGUUUCUCAGCAGCGCACAAUAAUUUAACCGGAUGCGGGGGCAAUACUGAGGACAAACAAGUGGCCCUGUGGGAGAGAAGAGUUAGAACACUGAGAAAGAUGCUGCUGGGAUUCGACCAAGCUAGGCCCCCAGAUGUACCAUUUAUGGCAAGUAUCGACGUAAUAGAGACAAAAUCAGUCUCCGUACGUUUUCAAGAGACCGAAAUCCACGACUCAUACGUAUGUACUAAAUUUAAAGUACAAUGGAGUACAAAAGAAGAUUUCUCGAUAGUCAACGGAGAGAGAGAAGUAUUUGAUAUGAAACAACGUGAGUGCCGCAUCGAUGGUCUCAUUCAGGGACAAAGAUACUACUUCCGAGUUUGCGCGGGUAAUCUCAAGGGAUACAGUAGAUUUAUUAUUUCGAGUCCAUCCAGCGUGAUACCAAGCAGUUGGCGUGACGUUGAUGGAAGGCAGCCGAGGUUUGCUGGUCGUUUAGAACAAUUGGAUUCACUUUUCACGGACAUAAAACGACCUGAAUAUACCCAAGAUACGCCAGCUCUGCAGCGACGAAAUCACAAGAAGAAAACAACGAUAAAGCAACUUUUUACAGCAACGAGUAAAUUCCAGAAGAGUCUGAGACGUGGUGUUUAUCUUGCUUGUGUUCUCUACAAUGAGGACAAAGUAUUAGUGACCAACGAAGACUUCUUGCCAGUAAUUGAAGUGGAUGAAACCUAUCCGAGCUGCAUUUACAAUGAUUAUCACUGGUUAAUGAAGGUGGCAUGUACGUGGGAUGAUGUUAAAACAUUGAAACAAGACAUGGAGAAGAGCCACAGUAGUUCAACGAAUCACUUCCGUCUUAAAUUAUUGCAAGCUGCAGCACAGAUGCAAACAGCACUUUGCAUACAGGAUCUGGGACAAGUAUAUCAUAAGCCGAUCAGAGAUGUUCAGGGUACGCUUGUAUUAUCGACAAUUAACAACAUCAAAUCACCCAAAUUAGUCUCUGUGCUUAACAGCCGUUGGCUACCGCUGAAUAAAGUGAAAAAAAAGAUAACAAUACAUGAGGACAGUAAUGUAGCUGACAUACUGAUGAUGAGCAUCAAAGAUCAGAUGAUUUAUCAUCAAUUGAGUAGUGUUAGGCUCAGUAAAGGACUUUAUCUUGGUUACUUGAAGAUGCAGAGUAGCGUUGAUCUGAUACAAAUAGUCGUUCCAUCAAAAGCCCCAAAUUCUCUUCCCCAUUGCAAAGUACGUGAUAAUCCACACGUAUCAGCUGAAGAGUGGGAUUAUCUGAAAAAAAUAACCCGAAUACAGGCACGUAGUGAUGAUAGAUCCAGGGAUAAAGAUAGAGACGAUGAGAAGGAGAAUGAUUAUGAUUACGAUAAUGACAAUGAAUGGGGUAAAAAUCAAGGUAACGAGCAGCAAAAACACUUUGUUGAUCUUGUAUCAGCUACAGCAAGACGUUUGUUCUCGUACAUGGAGGUGAAUUCUGAUGAUUCAUUAAUUCAUCGGCUGUAUGAUGCUGAGGUGAUUGAACUCACUAAUGAUGUAUCAUUUCUCAUCGUUGUACCGCCUGCCGAAACCGCUUGUUCAGUACCAGGUACAAGGGAAAUUCUUUUACAACGGGAUGAUCUACUGUCAUUACCCAUUCAAAUAUUUGAAAUGGUUCAUUUGAAUACUUAUCAGAAGGAUGUUAUAAAUAGAUAUUCACGACUCAGUUGUAUACUGGAGUUGGAUACAGCUCAAGCACAGCACAGCCAUCGUGAGGCAUUUAGUUCCAUCGAGGUCAGUGUUGCUAAAGACAAAUUAACAAGACUCGAGCAACUACAGACACAGAUGAAUAUUAUUUGGAAGGGUGCUAGGUGGUUAAUUGAUGUUAUAACAUUUGCUAGGGACCGUGGAUCGUCACAGUACACAGGACUUGUAACAAAUAAUCCAAAUUCAGGUACAACACUUCUUAAUUCACCAGCUGGUAUUUCUAUGCGUUAUUUAUUGAACAUUGAAAGAUGUCACAAUAAAACAAAUGGCUUAAAACGAAGUUUACUCCAACUACCACCACGUGAUCCAAAAUUGGUUAAAUCAAGUCCAGGAAGGGGCAGUUGGCCGGGACCAAAUAUCUCAAGUUCAGCGACUAAUUUAUUGACCACUGAGUUUAGCAAGAGUGAACAACAAUUACCAUGUGGUAGUCACAGCGUUGAGGGACAAAUUGAUAAUCAAACCCCUUUGAUUCGUCAUGAAGAGGCAUCAACACCAUCAAUAAUUGAGGAAAGACAUUCGAGAAAAGGUAGCGAUACGUCAAAUUAUUCAACAGUUUCUGAACCCGUCAGGUCAAGUCAUCCAAGCUAUCAUACAUCAACAUCUGCCCUUGGUAUACGAGACAGUGAAGUGACGAAAUUAUUACCACCAUCAAAAUCUGAGGACACACUGUUGCUCAGCCAAUACAGACAUAUAUCGAAGAGUCGUGAAUCGACCCGAUCAACUGUAUCUAUGACUGUGUCUGCCUCGACAAGUCCUCAACUCAUUAGCAAACCCAUGUAUGGUAAUACAUUGAUAGGAUCGACAAAUCAAAUAGCAUUAACCAAUACAACGAGUUUAUUGAGUGUCAAUACAGCUGCUAGUAAUGCCAACAGUACCAAUAGUUUAAAUUCAUUGAGUGAUGAUUAUAGUGGUGAACAGAGUACAUCUACACUGAGAAUAAAAACAAAGAGCUCAAAACCAAGUGCCAGUGUUGCAUCGGUAGCAAGUUGCUCAUUACCGGAUACCAAUCAGAGUAAUAAUGAUGAUAUCAAGGACCAAACAUUGAUUACAAUGCCAGCGCCAUUGCCUGGUAUAUUACAAGUAUUUGCUGCAUAUGAAACUGGUCUUGCAGCUGGCACUAGUCUUAAAUUACAUGUCACACCGAGAACAACAGCUAGGGAAGUUGUUGAUCUUGUUGUUAAACAGCUCAACAUGGCUGUUAUGCUUAAAGGACAGCAAGGACCAAUUUAUACGAAUGAGGAACUACCAAACUUCUGUUUGGUAGCGGUUAUUGGUGCACGGGAGCGAUGCCUGAGGGAUGAUUUUAAACCACUUCAGUUGCAGAAUCCAUGGAAGAAGGGAAGAUUGUACGUUAGACUCAAACAAGAUGUACUAGCAGCACUUGAACACAGCAGCAAACAUACCGCUUAUUUGUAGCCAUUCGUAUUGGUAUUUACAAUGUUACUCGAGUCAAUAAUUGUACGAAUUCAAUUAUCUGUUUAAUUACACUGAGAAAAAAAAUUGUUUUUGCCAGAUAUUCAGUUACUUCAGAGGAGUGUUUAUUUUUUCAAUAUAAUAUUUCUACCGUAAAGUCUUUGCAAUAGCAAUACUCAUUAGGUUUGAAUUGUGCUAAUUAGAUUGUUCAAUGUAGCAAUGGUUUCAAUAAUUAUGAGCAUUAAAAAAUUGAGAAAUAUAAUUUUUGAAAAAUAAAUACCUCUCUCAAGUAAAUGAAUAUUCGACAAAAAUAUUUUUUUUUUCAGUGUUAAUUUUAUUUUAUAUGAGUUUCGGUUAAUUGUAUUUAUUAAAUUAUCUCGUAUUUUAUUAUAUUUUUUUUACAUCAUCAGUGGUAAUGUAGGAUAAAUACCCUUCAUUAUUUUCAUUUUGUCUUCAGUACAUGGUCGGUAUCGAUUUUUAUAUUGUACAUAAAGGGUAAUAUCAAUAUUAUUUAGUUAAGUGACUAGCCAAUAGCAUCUCGAGUGAUCAAUUAUUGAAAUAUUAAAUCGUAUAGAUAUAAUUGGAUUAUCUUAAAUAGCGAAGAGAUGGUAAAAUCAUAGACUGGUGUAUGAUAAAAAUGAAGAAUCUUCGAUUUAUGUAUUUAAUUGUAAGGAAUUGAUUGAAAGUAUAAAAACAGAGGGGGAGAUGAUAUAAGGAAUAUUUAAGAAAUUGUACAAAAAUGUGACCCAAGCAUAUACACAUUAUUUUAUAGGCAAUUGUUGUUGUUUAUGAUUUAUUAACUGUUAUUCAAUUAACGGGUAUAGUAACAACAAAUUACAAAAUCGUAUUGUAAAUAUUGAGCCUUUAUGUUUAGAAAAUGAAAGUCUAUUAAAUUGAAAAUGAUGAACAUCGAUUUUGCGUGACACAAUUGUCACUAAAAGUUGUUAGGAAAGGCUAAUUAUGGGAGAUGAUAGACGUCCAUUGUGUGUUAUUGAUACUCUAAUAUAUGUCUAUUUUCAAAGUCAUGAUUAUCAAUAAAUAAUUAAUCAAUGUGAUAUAUCGAUCGGGCAUCGUCCGUAGUAAAAACGGGUGUUCACGAAUUUAAACGUCCACCAAUUUUAAAUACAACUAUUGAGUUGUAAAUUUUAGAGAAAAAUAAAAUCUGACUACACGUUAGAAAAAAAUAAUUGGGGAGAGUGUGAGAGCGAGAAAGCAAGAGAUUAGAAUGGAAUCACAAAUGUACCUUAAUGCAAAAAAAAAAGGAGAAUCUGAUGGCAGUGUGAUCUGAAUUUUGUCCAUUCCAAGUCAAAUAUCUUUCUCAUAUUUUUAUGUAUGUGAUCUGUAUAUAAUGAUCGAUGUAAACAAAUUUAUCGAAACGAAAAAAAUUCCAAUUUCUGUCCAAUUGAAUGCAGUACGACUUUAUCGAGAGACAAAAAUGUCGUAAUGUGAUCAUUUUUGAAAAGGCUGUUUCUCUGUGUCUAUCAGUGUUAAAUAUAAGAUAUUAAAUGGCAAAAAUAAAUGAAUAAAAAUUAGACGUAUAUGGAGUCACUGAAAAUCGAACGAACAGAGGUAACACCAAUAGCAACAUCAUCGAAUUAUACCCGGGUAUUUAAUAAAAAUUAAAUCAAUAUAAAUAAUGCAAGUAUGAGGAUGAAAAUGGAGCGAUGUAAAAUUGGCAAUCGAUGUUGAUAAAAACAAAAUUAUAAUUUAUUUUAAUUCCUGAAAACAAAAAAAAAAUACAAAGAAUGUAAGACAUGUUGAGAUUGAAUAAAACGUAUACAACGUU